AUGGGCUCACGGCAAACUACAAAUGCGUUCUCAGAGCAAGGUAGUCCGCAUGACAUUAAUAACCUUACAAGUAAGAGAACAAGAGCCACUAUCAGAGCACAGAAAAGAACUCAAGAUCCAGUGGAACCAAAACAAGAAGCAUAUGGACUGCCAUCGUCAAGUCAAUCACAAAAUUUAAUACAAGUAGAAAUUGAAAGUUUUGACACAGCUUCAAGAGCUGGAAGUACUUCGACUCGAUCACGACCAAUGCGUCGAAAUAAAAGAACACAGGACAGAGCUUUGUUAGAUGAAACAGAACCGUCCACUUCUGCUUCGCAAAUAUUGUCAAGACCUAAUAAGCGUAGAGCAAUAAGGAUGGAAGAAGGCACUUCUAGAAAUGAAGAUUAUCCGAUAAUCUUUCUGCCUCCUCUUAGAAAUGAUUCACCACAUCCUACCGUCCGACGUACCACGGAAACGGGUUCCAUUCAGGAUUCUUCUUCAUACUUACAGUCCACGUUUAAUUUGCCUAAUACAGAAGACAAUGGUAUUGGAGUAACUUUGCCUCCUAUUUCUUUGCCGCAAGAAAAUUCUCCACAUGGUGGAAUAACCUUACCUCCCAUUCGCUCAGUAUUUCCCAUUGGUCUUGAACGUUCUAGGACUCCACGUAAUAUUUCCCCCGAUUUAGAAGUGAUUGACCUUUCCUCUCCAUCUUACCGUUCUGCCGACCCAUAUCCAAGCAAUAUCGUAGAUUUAACGUCCUCUCCGAACACGCACUCACCAGCCGUUAACCCACCUAUAACUAAUAACGGUAUAGAGAUAAUUGUCAUUGACGAUGAGUCAGAAGCUGGUUCACCUUUGCCCUCAAGAACCCUAAGAGGUCUUCAACUCAAGUGUGCGAUCUGUCUUGACCAUCCAAAAGAUGUUUCGGCAACGUCUUGUGGACAUAUAUUUUGUCUUAAUUGCAUCACAACUGCUUUAAAAGCUCAAAAAGUGUGCUCCCUUUGCAGAAAUCCAUUAUCAAAAAAACAGAUCAAGCGCUUGGAGUUCAAGAUUUCGUUGUAA